AUGACGAGAGGCGGAAAUAGUAAACAUACGAUGCUAGGUCGUUUAAUCUUUGGUGAGAAACGUAAACAACAUGCAUCACCAUCGCGCCAUCGGUCUGCAACACGAACCGGUAGAAAUGCAACUGAAAGGCCAUCGUCAGGUGGUGACAGUUCACAGCGAAAUCCAAUUAAUGUACAUGAUUGGGCUGCUUGGAGAACGCAGCUGAACGAACAGAUGAGUAAUGGAUGUGCGGAUCGAACUGAUGUAAAACAAAUGCGGGAAUUUCUUCAUGGUAAUUCAUUUUAUCAACAACAUAGUCGAGAUCCGUCCAAUGGUCGGUACAAUGGAGUACAAUUACUCUUCUCGAUUCCACAUGCGAAAGUGAAAGCUGAUGUACUGGAAAAUCCACAAAGGAUAGCCGAUAAAAACAUGCCUUGCGAAGAUAAUGCAAUUGAUCAAAACCAUGUACUAUCACAUGAUGAGGAUCUUAUUCCAACAUCCUUCAAAUCGAUCUCUCCAAGCUCACCUUUAAUCCGAGAUAAAACUAUCAAUCAGCUAUUUCCGAAAAGUUUACUAGGAAAUACCGGCGGUUUUCUUCAUGUUAAUGAGCAAAUGAUCGCGAACGAUGGUGUAAAUUUUCAUCGUUCAAUGCGUACACCAUUUUCAACAUCGGAUCGUGUACAUUCAACUCUACAAAAAGCCGUCAAAGAUGGUAAUGUACUUGAGAAAAUCAAAGCAUUUGAAAUGCAAGCAGCAGCUGCUGCUCAAGCUGAAUCAGCAACAAAAGUUAAUACUACCAAUGGCAUCAAUCAUCGCCCACAGCCCAUCGCACCUUCGUUUCCCACGUCUCCACAGCGAACUUUAAGUCCGUCAACAAGAUAUCCAUUACAACAAUCCAUAUCUCCAAUACGAAUGCCGCAUGAAGUGCAACAGCAAUAUAAUCGUGCCCAUCGAAGUCGUAAUAUUCAUCCGGCACAGCAGCGUCGUGAAGGAAAUUUCGGACCACCAACAACUCGAGAGUCGCGAAAAGGAGCGCAUGUCCUAGAACCUGCUCAUGGAGACAUUAUCCUCAAACGACGAACUCCUUCGCAAAAGACAGCAAACGAUGACGAGUAUACAAUCACUGCGAUGAGUUCUUUGGCGCAUACAAUUUCACAAGGUCAACAUACACAUCAUCAUCGACAACAGCAUCAUCAUCACCACCGAACAGGUGCAUCGCGUUCUCGACAUCGACAAGAAGCAGUUCACGAUAAACGAGCAUCCAGUCAGAAUCGGAAGAAACAUCAGUCGAAAACGAAUGAACCAUCAUUAUCUGCAACAACAAAAACAAAUGGUCGUCAUCGUUGGUUGAAAGGAUUGAAAGAUUCAGCGAUCGAAGGUGGUAAAAAUGAGAAAGUUAAGCAAGACGCGGCAGUGAACAAAUCCAAAAAAUCGUCGAAAACAAAGAAGAAAGCGGACGAAAAAGAGAAGACUCAAUCAAUAAAAAAAGUGACGUCAGCUCUUACAAAAGGAAAGUCUUCCUCUUCAACAGCCUUAGACAACAAUCGUGUCUAUGGUGUGCCAAAUGCCAUUGUUAUUGAACAGACCAAAUCCGAAUCAACAUCACCGCAAUUACCCGAUCGAAUUGAGGAGGAAAAUGAGUCUGAUCGCGAAGAGAAACACAUCGAUAUUAAAAAUAGUCAGAAAACACUCAAAAAUCCCGAGAAAGAUUUGAAUCCACCAGGUGACAUACCGGUCGUAUCAUCUGCCACUGAAGCACGACCGACAAAACCGAAAUUCCUGAAGAAAUUAUCGAGUACAACAGACGGAGAAAUUGGCAGCAAAGUUGACGAUGAAACGCGAUUCUCUCGUCCAACUGAUGACCAUGCGCAUCAUUCAGAACUGAAUGACGAAGACGAAGAAUUAAAAAGUGAAGGUGAUGUUUUCAUAGAAGAAUCAUCAACCACACAUAUGAAUUCUCCUAAUCGACAAACAUCACCUUCCAUCGACGAAUCCGCCCCUGAACGUCGUUGGCAAUGGUCGAAAGAAACUGGCGGAUUAAUCGACAAAGGCGCACAACGAAAGAAGAAAUCGCAGAUCGCAUUACCGAUUACAUUGAUUACUCGUAAAACUAAAGCCAAUCAAGACGAGGAACAAACAGCAUACGAAGCACCUCAAUCCGAGCAGCUUCCGCCACCCGUCAAGAAUAUUUAUCCAAUCAAGAAAACUCAAUCAUCUCAUCCAUUGACCACAACGGAUACUAAUGAUCAUCAACUGGAUACGUCGAAACAAGUUAGUAAACAAAUUCUUCAUGCAAUCAUGAACUCAAUGAAUAAUAAGAGUACAAUCAAUGCCAAUGAAUUCUUCGAAAAUGGGCCGCACACAAAUCCGGAAGAGACUCAUGUUAAUCCUACUGAUUGA